AUGACAUACUCACGAGUCGGUGUGGUUACCGGCGCCAACAAGGGCAUCGGAUAUGCAGUUGUCCGACAGCUCGCGCUGCAAUACCCUAAUUCUCACCUGAACAAUGGUUCGCUGCUCAUCUAUCUGACUGCGCGCGACAAAUCUCGCGGCGAGGAGGCGCUCAGCAAGAUCCAGGGCGACGCGAAUCUCAAGGAGGCCAAGGCCCUGUCUACCCACGGUGGCGCGGCGGACAUCAAGUACCACCAACUCGACAUCUCAGAUUCAUCCAGCAUUUCGAAUCUCGCCUCGUUUCUGAAGAAGGAGCAUCCCGAUGGCGUUGACUUUAUCAUCAACAACGCUGGUAUCGCCAUGCAAGGAUUUGACUCAAACGUGGUGAAGAACACCCUAGCGUGCAACUACUACGGCACACUUGAAGCGACACGCGCCUGGAUCCCGGUCAUGAAGCCAGACGGACGCAUCGUCAACGUCGCAUCAGUAUCGGGGUCCCUAAGCAAGUACUCGCCAGAAAUCAAGCAGCGCUUCCUUGACGCACAGUCUGUGUCGGACGUCACCAAGCUGAUGGAAGACUUCACCGCCGCGGUCGGGAAGGGCACGCACGAGAAGCAAGGUUGGCCUAGCGCGGCGUACGCGGUCUCCAAGGCCGGCGAGAUUGGCAUGACCAAGGCCAUCGCCAAGGAGUUGCAGGAUAAGGGGAGUAAGUUGCUCGUCAACUCGUGCCAUCCUGGGUACGUGGUCACGGAUAUGACGCGAGGCGGCGGCACGAAGACGCCUGAUGAGGGCGCGCAGACACCUGUGCAUCUGGCGAUUGCGGAUAUUGGUGGCAAGAGUGGAGAGUACUGGUCUGAUGAGAAGGUCGCCAGAUGGUGA